CGCCAGCCUGCUCUAAAGUCAGCAGAUCUGUUCUUUUCAUUUUUCCCCCGAUUCUCCCUCGGCCUUGCACUUGGCAAUCGCGGCUUCAGCAUUCCUUCGGUCUCUCGCGCCUCAUUCAGAGCCUUGCAUCUAUCGAGUGCCAGCCGGUCCACGCUACAAACCAUGGCUUCCGACAGCUCAGACGACGAUCUGCCUAUUGCGAGGACAAAUGGGCGUUUGUCAUCCUCGAAGAUAUCUCGCGCCCAAGACAUCGCCUUGGAUAAGUCCAUGUCCAAGCCCUCUGGAAUGGCAGGCUUGUCCAUCCGAAAUGGACCUGUUGAGAACGGCGAGAUGGAUAUGGAUUCGCCGUCUACCAACGGAUCCAAGCGCAAGUCACGAGAUUCGAUCACCAAGGUUGACUACAAGGAUGAGUCGGAAAGUGAUGGGGAGCCUCUGGCGAAACGACAACGAUCCAAAAAGGUCCGGGAGUCGGAUUCAGAUGAUGAGCCUAUGGUGAAGGCCAGAGGGAAGAAACUGCCGCCGUCUUACAAAGAGACUGCGCUACCUGAGUCCUCUUCUGAUGAUCAGCCACUCGGUGUUAAGCUCGCUAAGAAAAAGGCUGACAUCGAGAGGAAAGGUGAAUUGGAGGCCAAAGCGAUUCGUGCUAAGGAAGCAAAGGCAAAGGCGACAUCGAAGAAGGCCGUGAAGAACGAAUCAGAUGACGACCUGCCUCUCGCGUCAUCCAAAAAGCGACAAUCAAAUGGCACGACUGCAAAGAGAAAAUCUACGGUCGUGAAGAAGGAUGAAUCUGACUCUGACGCUCCCAUCUCCAAGAAGUCCAAGGCUGCCAGUGCCCCUGCCAAGGGGAAGAGAGCCUCUUCGGCAAAGGAUACAAAGGAUGUUAAGAAGGGCAAGGCCAAGUCUAAGGAACCCAGCGAUGAAGAUGAGGAAGAGGGAUUCGAGUGGUGGAACGCGCCAAAGAAAGAAGAUGACAGCAUCAAGUGGAAUACUCUUGAGCACAACGGAGUUCUCUUUGCGCCAGAAUAUCAACCUCUCCCAAAGAACGUCAAGAUGUACUACGAUGGAAAACCUGUAACCCUCAGUCCGGAAGCCGAAGAAGUCGCCACCUUCUGGGCGUCAAUGAUGACCGCUGCUUCCACUCAUCACCUUGACAACCCUGUCUUCCGCAAAAACUUCUUCACCGAUUUCUCUGAUUUUAUCAAGAAGCAUGGCGCUAAAGACGCGAGUGGAAACAAGAUUGACAUCAAGAGCUUUGACUUGUGUGACUUCUCCAAGAUUGCAGAAUAUUGGGCGGCAAGGAAUGAGGCCAAGAAAGCUAUGACCAAAGAGGAGAAGGCAGCUGCCAAGGCCGAAAAGGAUGCACUCGAAGCUCCAUAUCUUUACUGUACGUGGGACGGAAGAAAGCAGAAAGUUGGCAACUUCCGAGUAGAACCUCCCAGCUUAUUCCGUGGUCGAGGAGAGCAUCCCAAGACUGGUAAAGUCAAGACUCGAGUUUUACCGGAGCAAAUCACCAUCAACAUUGGCAAGGGUGCCAAAGUCCCAACUCCGCCAGCUGGACAUAAGUGGAAGGCCGUCCAGCAUGACCAGAAAGCGACAUGGCUUGCCAUGUGGCAGGAAAACAUCAAUGGCGCUUACAAGUAUGUCAUGCUUGGCGCUGCCAGUGAUGUCAAGGGGCAGAGUGACUUUAAAAAGUUCGAGAAGGCUCGUGAGCUCAAGAAACACAUUGACAAGAUUCGCCGAGAUUAUACCAAAGAUCUUAAGAGUGAGGUUAUGGCGGAUCGUCAAAGGGCUACAGCCAUGUACCUGAUUGACAAGCUUGCUCUCAGAGCUGGAAACGAGAAGGACACGGAAAACGAGGCCGAUACUGUUGGCUGCUGCUCAUUGAAAUACGAGCAUAUCUCCCUGCAGCCCCCAGACCAAGUCACAUUCGACUUUUUGGGUAAGGACAGUAUCAGGUACAACGAGACGGCCCGCGUGGAUCCCCAAGUUUUCAAAAACUUGAAGCUUUUCAAGAAGGCGCCGAAGACUGAUGGCGAUGACCUCUUUGAUCGUCUUAACACAUCUCAACUGAACAAGCACUUGAACAGCUACAUGACUGGACUGACGGCCAAGGUCUUUCGUACUUACAACGCGUCUCACACCAUGUCCGAGCUUCUCAAGGAGCUGGGUAAGGACCCACGCUCUCGAGGAACUAUUGCGGACAAAGUGAAGCUGUACAAUGACUGCAAUCGCAAGGUUGCCAUUCUUUGUAACCACAAGCGAACUGUUGGCGCAGGCCACGAGCAGCAGAUGCAAAAGCUUGGAGAUCGCAUCAAGGGCCUCAGAUACCAAAAAUGGCGCACAAAGAAGAUGAUCCUUGACCUUGAUUCAACUCAAAAGAAGAAGAAGGGCGCAGCUUAUUUUGUGCGGGAUGAAGAUCUCGAGGAUGAAUGGGUCAAGGAGCAUCAGGCUUUCUUGGUUGAUGAACUCCGCACCAAGAUCCAAAAGAAGUUUGAAAAGGACAACGAGAAGCUCAAGGCUAACAAGGAGCGAGUGAUGCCUGAAAAGGAGCUUAAAGAACGCCUGGGGGCAGUUAAGGAGAUGGAAGCCAGAUUCAAGAAGGAGAAUAAAACUGGCAAAGUCGAAGCCGAGGGCAGAGGCGCGUCAGUCGACAAAUAUCUGUCUGCUAUUGAGAAGAUAGAUGAGCGUAUCAGGGUCUUGGAGACUCAAGCCGAAGACCGUGAUGGCAACAAAGAGGUUGCCCUGAGCACUUCGAAGAUUAAUUACAUUGAUCCUCGUCUGACGGUAGUGUUCUCGAAGAAAUUCGAUGUUCCUAUCGAGAAAUUCUUCUCCAAAACUCUGCGAGACAAGUUCCGAUGGGCUAUCAAGUCUGUCGAAGACGCAGAAGACUGGGAAUUCUAAGCAGAAUUCACAGAGACGAAGGCUUUCACGGUGCUCACUGUAAGAACAUUAAUUUCUUCUUUUGUUGCUUUUUGCUUUUUCCUUUCCUCUUUAUUGAAGUCAAUCUGCGGCCUCCACAAACAGAGGCAUAUAUAUAUAUAUACAAUAUACAUUUUACAGUAAAGGUCGCGGGCAAUCUGCACCUUGAGGAAUCCAGCCCAAAUAUCAUUCAGAUAGACGCGGCGCAGCAAACAGAGCACUUUUUUUUUUUCCAAGUUUUUUUCAUUCAACUGUAUUUUCACGGCUCCCACGAGACAUGGUACGAUGGAGUUUAUGAGGGGUGACGGCGAAAAAAAAGGAGAGAUUCGAACAUGGUCACACGCACACGGCGGGAAAAUUGGGAGGAGGCUCGCACACGCACACACAAACGUGCUUAUUUCGGGGUGUCUAGGGCGAUGGACGGAGUCGUAAAGGGUAGAGAGAUACGGUUGAGGGGGAAAGGGAUGGGGCAGGUAUAGGAGAUAACGAGAAACAUAGCGAGGAAUCUAAGAUAGCUUUGAGCUGGUAUAGCUUGAGCCAUGCCGUAUUGCUUUAAUUGAUGAUUUUACUUGAUGUUUUUCUUUCCAAAUUGUUAGAUGUGAGAUGGCCUUGGUGUUUGCUUCAUUUCACGGUCAACGAUUGUCGCAUAAUCAAAAGCGUUCAACGGGUGAUGCAGGUUAUCGGCUUCAUUAGUAUGUGAGCUAACGCCUGCCUAUACACUUGGAGUAUAUACAAAGAUUUGAUAUCAAAACAGCAUAAUGCGACUGCCAACUUGACCAUCGUUCUCUUCAUGCUCAUGCCAUCUAUAGUGAGUAUCCAAAAGCUAUGUAUGCCGUGAUAUAACGCCCUAGUAAAAUGCAAUCCCCGUGUGGAGCACUAUUCCUCUUGUUUCUUUUGCCAUUUUAUAAACCCCAAUCAGCGUCUUCUUCCCCAAUAUAUACAUAUAUUCCCACCAUUCAUUAUGCAUCAUCAGCCAUUAAAACCGCUAUUGGUUUGUUCGUGCACUCGUCAUUAUAUUCUUACAGCAAGUGCCAGCGCACCCAUGGCCACGUGGCCCAGCACAACCAUCAGCAGCGACGGUAUAGGCACACCCAAAGCUGUGCCAGCGUUGUCACGCGCAAUCCUGCCAUUGGGAUUGAUGUGCCAUCCACUAGGGAUGCUCCCCCCUGUAGCAGAUACACCAUCAAGCCAGGGGAAGUCAGUCUGGGUGGCAGUAGCUGGGCUUUUAUCCGUGCCGAUGCCGCCCACGGGGAUGGAAAGGACAAUCGACGGGGAGCUAUCAGGCGUGCUGGCUGUGGCUGUGGCAGUGAGGUCACUCUCGCCGUUUGCAUUGCCAUUAACUUUGCCGCCGACAGCUUGAAUCGACUGCCACGAGCCAGAAUUGUUGCUGUAGACAUAUUGCUUGCCCGUCGAGUAGUCUGUGAUGCUGAUGCUCUGUACCAUCAUGGUAAAAGGGCCUUUGCUGAAGUCAGUAGGCCCCUCGGCCCAUUUGACAGUGCCUGGGGCAUUGGUGGCUGGAUCACCACCGGCCCAGGAACCGAACUUGACCUGCAUCGGUGUCUGCGGGUAUUGGUUCGAUUCAGCAUCAGCCACGGUCAGAGUGCGCAACACAGAAUCGCCCGCCU